AUGGCUAGUCUUCGAUCCGUGCUGGUCUCUGGCCUGUUGGCCGCGACUGCUAAUGCUCAAGCCUACGAUGCGGGUGAUCGCAGCGAAGAGGCCUUCAGCUGGGUUCAGCCAAAGAACACUACUAUCCUCGGACAGUACGGCCACUCGCCUGCUUAUCCUAUCAACAAUGCCACUGGCACAGGAUGGGAGGAUGCCUUUGCUAAGGCCCAAGAGUUCCUCUCCCAACUGACACUCGAGGAGAAGGCCAACAUGGUCACAGGAACACCUGGUCCCUGUGUCGGAAACAUCUUGGCCAUUCCUCGUCUCGGCUUCAGCGGUCUCUGUCUCCACGAUGGUCCUCUCUCCAUUCGAGUUGCCGACUACGCCAGUGUCUUCCCUGCUGGUGUUUCCGCCGCUGCCUCCUUCGACAAGAACCUCCUCUACCAGCGAGGUCUUGCCAUGGGACAGGAAUUCAAGGCCAAGGGCGCCCACGUCCUUCUCGGCCCUGUCGCCGGUCCUCUCGGACGUUCCGCCUACUCUGGCCGUAACUGGGAGGGUUUCUCACCCGACCCCUAUCUGACCGGUGUCGCCAUGGAGAAGACCAUCACCGGUCACCAAGACGCCGGUGUUCAAGCCACCGCCAAGCACUUCAUCGGCAACGAGCAGGAGGUUAUGCGAAACCCCACCUUCGUCAAGGACGGCUAUGUCGCCGAGGUCGACGAGGAGGCUCUCUCCACUAACAUGGACGACCGAACCAUGCACGAGCUCUACCUGUGGCCUUUUGCCAACGCUGCUCACGCAAAGGCCUCCAGCUUCAUGUGCUCCUACCAGCGCCUCAACGGCUCUUACGCCUGCCAGAACUCCAAGGUCCUCAACGGUAUCUUGAGAGACGAGCUUGGUUUCCAGGGCUAUGUCAUGUCUGAUUGGGGUGCCACCCACGCCGGUGUUGCUGCCAUCAACAGCGGUCUUGACAUGGACAUGCCCGGUGGUAUUGGAUCUUAUGGAACCAACUUCAAGGCUGGUUCUUUCUUCGGCGGUAACAUUACCCGCGCUGUCACCAACGGCACUCUCGAGGAGACCCGUGUUGACGAUAUGAUCCUCCGCAUCAUGGCCCCUUACUACUGGCUCGGCCAAGACAAGGACUUCCCCUCCGUCGACGAGUCCAGCGCCGACCUCAACACCUUCACCCCCCGCAAUACAUGGCUCCACGACUUCAACUUCACUGGCGAGAGCAGCCGUGACGUCCGCGGUAACCACGGCGACUUGAUCCGCAAGCACGGCGCCGAGUCUACCGUCCUCCUCAAGAACAAGAAGAACGCCCUUCCUCUCAAGAAGCCCAAGACCAUUGCUGUCUUCGGUAACGACGCUGGUGAUAUCACUGAGGGUUUCUACAACCAGAAGGACUACGAGUUUGGUACUCUUGUUGCUGGUGGUGGUUCUGGCACUGGUCGUCUGACUUACCUCGUCUCUCCUCUGGCUGCCAUCAACGCCCGUGCCAAGCAGGACGGCUCUCUUGUCCAGCAGUGGUUGAACAACACCCUCAUCAUCAACUCCAACGUCACUGACCUCUGGAUCCCCAAGCAGCCCGAUGUCUGCCUUGUCUUCCUCAAGACCUGGGCUGAGGAGGCCGCUGACCGUGAGCAUCUCAGCGUUGACUGGGACGGUGAUGAUGUCGUCGAGUCUGUCGCCAAGUCUUGCAACAACACCAUCGUCGUCACCCACUCUUCCGGCAUCAACACUCUCCCCUGGGCUGACCACCCCAACGUCACCGCCAUCCUCGCCGCUCACUUCCCCGGCCAGGAGUCCGGCAACUCCCUUGUCGACCUCCUCUACGGUGAUGUGAACCCCUCCGGUCGUCUCCCCUACACCAUUGCCUUCAACGGCACCGACUACAACGCUCCUCCCACCACUGCCAUCAACACCACCGGCUCUGAGGACUGGCAGUCUUGGUUCGACGAGAAGCUCGAGAUUGACUACCGCUACUUCGACGCCAAGAACAUCUCUGUGCGCUACGAGUUCGGUUUCGGUCUGUCUUACUCCACCUUUGAGAUCUCCGACAUCUCUGCUGAGCCCCUCGCCGACGACAUCACCGCCGCCCCCGAGGCCCUCCCUGUUCAGCCCGGUGGCAACCCCGCCCUCUGGGAGAACAUCUACAACGUGACCGUCUCCGUGUCCAACACUGGCAAGGUCGACGGCGCCACUGUUCCCCAGCUCUACGUGACCUUCCCCGAGAGCGCCCCCUCCGGCACUCCCCCCAAGCAGCUCCGUGGCUUCGAGAAGGUUUUCCUCGAGGCUGGCGAGAGCAAGAGCGUCAGCUUUGAGUUGAUGCGCCGUGAUCUCAGCUACUGGGACAUCAUCUCCCAGCAGUGGGUUAUUCCCGAGGGCGAGUUCACCAUCCGUGUUGGAUUCAGCAGCCGGGAUCUCAAGGAGGAGACCAAGGUUACCCUUGUGGAGGGUUAA